AUGGGGUUCACUCUCGCUCUUGCUUACAUCGUUUUCUUCUCGGCGGUUAUGGUAGCUCUCUUCGACAAGCUUGUCUCUAUCGUAGGGCGUUCACUGGCAGUAUACCGUUUUUUCCGAUACGGUCCAUCGCCAACGGAUCUUGAGAGCAGCGGAACAGACUCGGAUAUGUCACGGAUACCUUGCAAGGACAGCCAAGGUCCCUACUUCGGUGCCGUUACAAAAACAAUGAGAAAGUUGUGGUUCACGGCGUUCAUCGGUCUUGUUACAACUUUAGUGUCAAACUUCGUGAUAGUGGUACCGCUGGAGACAUUGAAUCAGCGCAUUCAUGCCAUCCAGAUGGUAGCCCCGCAGGUAGGCCACAAGGGCCACUUCUCUCCUAGAUGCUUCUUCGAGCUUCGACCGCAAACCUCAUCGCAUUUGAUUGGGCUCCGCGAGUGA